AUGGACGAGCCGGAUCUGAAGCAGAGCGCUGCAGAGCGCAUUCGCUGGGGGGAUGACGCCGAAAAUGGCCUUCCUGCUCGCGAGCUGCGUCGUACUAACUCCAGAGGGUCCAUGUCGAUUCACAGCGUACGAUCCCGUCGUGAAGUUGACCCUUCCAUUGCUCUCCCUAUUCAGUACCGAACUGUGUCGUUCAACAUUGAAGAGUCCAAGGCGAAGGAUGCUGUCGAAGCUGCAAAGGCAAAGGACGCAGCUACCAAAGAACUGUCCUCCCUCGAAUGGCACACUCUCCCCACCGACGAGGUUCUUCGCCGCCUGAGCUCGUCGAUUGCCCACGGUCUCUCCCCAGAACAAGUGUCCCGCAAGUUCAAGGAAUUCGGUCGCAAUGCUCCCUCCCCUCCCAAGUCCAACACUCUUUCCAAAUAUCUCGGCUACCUGUUCAAGGGUUUCGGACCUGUCCUGCUCAUCGGUGCCGUCCUCGUCUUUGUAUCAUGGAAACCCCUCGGUGAACCAAACCCGGCCAUUGCAAACUUGGCUCUGGCCAUUGUCCUCGUUGCCGUCUUCUUCAUUCAAGCUGCUUUCAACAUGUGGCAAGACUUUAGCUCGUCUCGGGUCAUGAAGAGCAUCAAGAACAUGUUGCCCGAGGACUGUCUCGUCAUUCGCGAUGGCAAGCAAUCAUCCAUGUCGGCCAUUGACCUGGUUCCCGGAGACAUUGUUACCGUCAAGGCUGGCAACAAACUUCCUGCCGACAUUCGCUUCCUCCAGGUCUCGGGUGAUGCCAGAUUUGACCGGUCCAUCCUGACUGGUGAAUCUGUGCCGCUCGCCGCCACUGUCGACUCGACUGAUGAUAACUACCUGGAAACCAAGAACAUUGGUCUGCAGGGAACUCACUGUACUUCAGGUACCUGUACUGGUAUCGUUGUCGGCACUGGUGACCGUACCGUCUUUGGCCGGAUCGCAAACUUGACCAAUGAACCCAAGGCCAAGAUGACCACCCUCGAGCGCGAGGUUCUCUACUUUGUCAUAAUCAUUUGCUCCAUCAUGAUUACCAUGAUUGCCAUUGUACUGAUUGUCUGGGGCGCGUGGCUUCGCACUGAGCAUCCUGGUUGGAUCAGUGUGCCCAUGCUCAUUGUCAGCUGUGUCAGUGUCGCCAUUGCCUUUAUCCCCGAAGGUCUACCCAUUGCCGUCACGGCCGGUCUCACCAUCACCGCCGGUAUCAUGCAGAAGAACAAGGUCCUGUGUAAAUCGCUCAAGACUGUAGAGACUCUGGGAUCGGUCUCGGUUAUCUGCUCUGACAAGACUGGAACACUUACUCAGAACCUCAUGACUGUAACGGAAUGCACAAUCGGGACCAGCACAGUCACUACCGAGGAUGCCGAAGAGCAGCUUGGCAGAAAGGUUACUCCCGACUCGGCGCCGGCGGCCGCCAGUGGCAUUAGCCAGAUGCGCGCCCUUUCCGCCUUGUGUAAUGCCGCUGAAUUUGAUGCUGCCACCAACAACUUGCCCAUUGAGCAGAGACGCGUCUAUGGUGAUGCAACUGAUCAGGCCAUUCUGCGAUUCUCUGAGAAGCUCGGCUCCGUCAGUCACAUGCGCCAGUGCUGGCAAAAGACCUUUGACCUCGCCUUCAACUCCAAGAACAAGUACAUGAUCCGGGCCUUUUCUCUCUUCAAGAAUGACUGUCUCGCCGCAACUCUACCUCAAUCCGAAGCCGAAAUCUUCAAGCAAGGCGAUACUCUACUCACAAUCAAGGGUGCCCCUGAUGUUCUCGUCGGUCGCUGCUCCUACUACAUUACCAGCUCCGGAGAAGCUCAGCCCUUUGACGCCGACAUGCGAGCCACCAUCGAGGGCGUCAAGAACAUCUACAGCAGUCAGGGAAAGCGAUGCAUCCUCCUCGCCCGCAAGACCAUUCGUCGCGCAGACGUCAGAAACCAGGCCGGCACUACCCAGUUUGAAGACGAGAUGGCCGAGCAGGCCAAGACUGGUCUUACGCUUGUUGGUCUCGUCGCCAUUGUCGAUCCCCUUCGCCCCGAGAUCAAAUCGGUCGUCUCGACUCUCCGUGGUGCUGGUAUCCGCUUCUUCAUGGUUACUGGUGACUUUGCCCUCACUGCUCUCGCCAUUGCACAAGAUGCCGGUAUUGUCACGCUUCCCACCCCGGCAGUCCACGGCCUGGAGAACCUACCUCGUGAGGAGGUCGCGGACGAUGAAAAAUCCAUGGUCUCUCGCCAGUCCAUUGUCCUCAGCGGCCCAGAUCUGAUGGGCAUGAGCGCGCACCAGUGGAAGAUUCUGACACAGUACGAAGAGGUCGUCUUUGCGCGCACCACGCCCGAGCAGAAGCUGCGCAUCGUCAAGGAGUUCCAAAACAGUGGCGUCGUCGCCAUGACGGGUGACGGUGUCAAUGACGCCCCCUCGCUCAAGGCCGCCGACGUUGGUAUCGCCAUGGGCAGCGGUUCCGACAUUGCCAUUGAAGCUGCCGACAUGGUUCUCCUCGACUCGUUUGCCUCGGUCGUCGAGGCUGUUCAGUAUGGUCGUGUCGUCUUUGACAACCUCAAGAAGGUCAUUUGCUACUUGCUCCCCGCUGGUUCGUUUGCCGAGUUCUGGCCCGUCAUGACCAAUGUCUGCUUUGGUCUGCCGCAGAUCCUGUCAUCUUUCCUCAUGAUUAUCAUCUGCUGUUUCACCGACUGCGCUGCCGCCACUGCCUUGUCGUACGAAAAGCCCGAAGCCGAUGUCCUCCUCCGCAAGCCCCGAGAUGUCAAGAAGGAUCGCCUGGUCGACUGGCAGCUCAUCCUUCACGCAUACGGUGUCCUCGGUGUCUUGGAGACGGUCGCUUCCUUUGCCAUGGCCUACUGGUACCUCGAGCGCAGCGGCAUCCCCUUUGGCACCCUUUGGUUCGGUUUCGGCGCAGUGCCGGAUGGUGUCGAUUCCGCCUACUACACCCAGAAGCUCAAUGAAGCCUCUUCGGUGUAUUUCAUCAACCUGGUUGUCAUGCAAUGGUUUAACCUCAUGGCUAUCCGUACCCGCCGCUGGAGCAUCUUCCAACACCCCCCGGCCUUCAACAAGCUAACGCAGAAUCUCUGGCUGUUCCCGGCCAUCAUCUUUGCCCUGCUCAUGGCCAUCUUUUGGCUCUACGUGCCCGUCUUUCAGGCCGUUCUCGGCACUACCGAGGUGCCCGUCGAGCACUACUUUUUGCCAUUUGCCUUUGGCAUGUUUAUUUUGUUGUUUGAUGAGGGUCGCAAGUACCUGGUCCGCAAGUAUCCUAACGGAACUGUUGCCAAGUUUGCUUGGUAG